AUAUCAAGUAGCCGUCUCUUUUGUUAUCACAAUUCGAUUUGUUAAUCGGCAAAAAACAACAAAACCGGGUUAGUGCAUUUGGUCUUUUUUUUUCUUCAAAAAUGAGCGAUACCGAGCAUUUGACAACGGGCUCACCCAAACCCGUAUUUCCGGACGACGGCAUCUUGAAAUUGUACUCGAUGCGCUUUUGCCCCUAUGCACACCGCGUGCACUUGGUGCUGGACGCCAAAAAGAUACCGUAUCACUCUAUUUAUAUCAAUCUUCGCGAGAAGCCCGAAUGGUUCCCGCAGGUUAGCAGUUCCUCAAAGGUACCAGCUCUAGAGCUGGUUGCCGAACCGAAAAAUAGCGUGCUGAUUGAGUCGCUGAUUAUUUGCGACUACCUGGAUGAGAAGUACCCAGAGGUGGCACCGUUGUACCCCAAGGAUCCGCUGAAGAAGGCCCAGGAAAAGAUUCUCGUCGUCCGCUUUGACCAGUUCAUCAAUGCCUUCUACAAACUAGUACUCCACGACAAUCCCGCCUCUCUGGGCGACACCGAUCUGUAUGCCGGCCUCGAAACAUACGAGGAGGAGCUAAAGCAGCGCGGCACAGAGUUCUUUGGCGGCACCGCACCUGGUAUGCUGGACUACAUGAUCUGGCCCUGGUGCGAGCGCUUUUCCGCCUUAAAAUUCAGCUUUGGCGACCAUUUCGAUUUAAGUCCGGAGCGCUUUGGAACACUGCUUAAGUGGCGCGACUUGAUGCUCAAGGAUCGGGCUGUAAAGUGCUUCUAUUUGGAUGGAAAAAUCCACGCCAAGUACAUGGCAUCUCGUCGUGCUGGCACUGCCGACUACAAUAUGCUCUACCAUGCCGCAAAGCGUGCAAGGUUGGAAUAAUCAGUAUCAGGGGCAAUAUUGCACCAACACCCAGUUGUACAUAUGGAAAACCUAUUGUGAUAGCAAAAUACAUUUACUGGAGCUGCUUACCUUUUCUUGAAAACGAAUAUUUUUAACAAAAGCAAUUGAUUACGUUACAUUUCCCUUUGCAAUUUCUUUUAAAAUAUAAUAAAAUGUACAUUGAAAAAUCAAAUAAAAGGUUAGCGAUCGCAUAAUUAAA